AUGACUAUCAAGCUCUGGAAUGCCGCGACGGGCGAGCUGCAACAGACCCUAGAAGGCCAUUCAGCUUCGGUUUCGGCCGUGGCCUUUCAUACCAGGGAACGCGUAGACACGAGUCCUACUUCCGAUCAGGCUGCGUCUCAGACAUCGCUAGCAGACCAGUGGGUAUAUCUGAAAGGCGAGAAGGUCUUGUGGCUCCCUUCUGAGUACUCUCAGUUUUCUUGCUACAGCACGAAAGACGGUGCGCUUGCUCUUGGAUAUAGAAGCGGUCGGGUGUUUAUUAUCCAAUUACUUGAACUGAAUUAG